CCCAGCAGUGCCACCCACCAGUUCCGCCCACUUGUGCCCAGCAGUGCACCCACCUGUGACCAGCAGUGCCCACCAGUGUCACCCAGCACCCAGAAGUGCUGCCAGUCAGUGCCACCAGUCAGUGCCCAGCGGUUGUGCCAGUCAGUGCCCAGCAGUUGCACCAGUCAAUGCCUAGCAGUGCCGCCAGUCAAUACCUAGCAGUGCCGCCAGUCAGUGCCCAGCAGUCAUGCCAGUCAGUGCCACCUAUCAGUGCUGUCUAUCAGUACCCAUCAUCAGUACCGCCUAUUAGUGCCACCUAUCAGUGCCGCCUGUCCGUGCCACCUCAUUAGUGCUGCCUAUCAGUGCCGCCUAUCAGUG